AAAAAGAAUUAUGUUAAUUAAUUAGAUAUGUUUGGAGGGUGCCUUAUUGAUGCGAUUGGUAAGUUUACUGAGUUUCAUAACCCGAAUUAUCCUGAAAUGGACAACCGGACAAUUGUAUGCGCCCUUAACAUAAAGAUAUACGACUUGGACGUGUGUCAGGUGCGAGUUGAUUUUAAUAAAUUUGACAUAGAUCAACCCACGAAUGGCGAUUGUUUGGGCGACAAGUUUAGAGUGACCACAUCAUCCGGAACGCCAGUAGUGAUACCCACAUUAUGUGGCCGUAAUCAUAAUCAACAUUUAUAUGUGAAUAUACCAAGCAAUAACGAUAUCACCGAACGUUCGUCAUUGAGGGUGGAUCACGUGAUGGCAAAGUGCCCACAUAUGACCGAUAUUGUGGCAAUCGGUUGCAUUAUGCUCAAGGUUCAAAUAUGA